UUUCGCUGCGCCUGCAGAUCUGUGUACUCGACCAAAUAAACCUUGAUUUGAUCGAUAGUCCCCAACUUGACAAAAACGAUCCGCUCGAACGCGCCCUUAGUUGAAGUGGUCACGUUACUUUUUUUUGUUGAUACACGAGUUCAACAGAGAAGUAAAACGCUGCAGUCACUGUCUCUGACAUGGCCUCGCCUGCACCUGGAGCGGGAUUCCAGAACAAGAACCGUGUUGCCAUUUUGGCUGAAUUGGACAAGGAGAAGAGACGUUUGAUACAGAACUCCUCCAUGAAUAACCCUGGAGCCAGCAUCCCUCUCUCCAGACCAGCCCUGAAUAAAGACUUCAGAGACCACGCGGAGCAGCAGCACAUCGCUGCCCAGCAGAAAGCAGCUCUGCAGCAUGCCCAUGCUCACUCUUCUGGAUUCUUCAUCACUCAAGACUCAUCCUUCGGGAACCUGAUCCUCCCGGUGCUGCCCCGUCUAGACCCACCUCCACCAGCAGAAUAACAGAACCUUAAGAAGAAAACACCCAACGGCUAAAAGCAGCAGGUGGUUUACAGAUCACCUGUUGGGUGUUGACGAAUGGCAGCGGACCACAGAUCACGUGUUGACGAAUGGCAGCGGGGCCACAGAUCACCUGUUGGGUGUUGACGAAUGGCAGCGCACCACAGAUCGGCCCUCAUUUUUCCCAACCAUUUUGUUGAAUUGCCACUGUUCGUCGACACACGGCACAUCGUUUAGUGCACAUGGCCGACGUUCGUUUCUGGUGUUUUCUCCACGAACAGACAUAGUGACAACACUUUGUUACAAGGACUUUCUGAACAAGGUCUUGGAUUGUUUGUUGAAGCUAAGGGUCAUGUUAUUUCUGUCUAUUUUUGGUGCACCGUACAUCAUGUGGUUUUGAAAGACAAAUGUCAUUUUUCUAACAUUUUUUAUAAAUGGAAAAAAGGCCUAAUCAAAUAAAGAUCAAGUCAACAACAA